AUGAAUCUGACGCACGAGUAUAUGAAUGCCUGGCACGAAACGAACGACUAUGCCAGCAACCAGUUUUCUUUCAACACUGGUAUUAUGCUUGAGCAGGACCAGCCGACGGAUGGCAAUGUCACGACGACGGGAUUGGAUAGAUGCCUGUGGAAGUUCCUGGAUAGAAAGAAUAAUGUGCUUUGGACGACGGGGAUCGAAUGGGAUGAGUGGCAGAACUUUGCGGUUACAGUGGAUUAUGAGAAUAAUACUCUGCAGAUUUACUAUUCGGGCGGCUAUGAUGCUCUAAAAGCAGUCACGAAACCGAUCGGUAAUGAUAAUAGUGGCGGAGGACAAUUCCAGAUCGGGAUGCUGAAGAAACCUACUGAAACCACCAGUGUCGACUACGAUGGAUACCAAGAGAAAGGUAUUUAUGAAGGGCAAAUUUACGGGGGGAUUUUCAUUGAAGACAGCAGCAAUGGCUGCACUUCAACCUGA